AUGAGAAUCUUUUUCGAGGACGAGAGUAAAGAUGGACUUAAAGUCAGACUCAGCAUUAAAACGGCCCUCGGAGAUGAUGCCUAUGAGUGGAAUGAGAGCGAGAUGUUUCUCUUCAAAUCUACUCUGGCGUAUGCGAUGAGGAAACAAACUAAUCAAGACACCUAUACAACGCUUUCCACCCACGAGCAGCUGUUGACCACAUCAUCAGCCAAAAAGAAAAAGCCCAAAAGAGUGUCGUUCAUGUUCGAGGUGACAUCCCCAGAUGAUCCGACCCAACUGAUCCCCAAAGAACAAGUAGAACAAGCAGUGAGGUGA